AUGGAAGACAAGGUCAGAGAGACAGGGGAAUCACAUCAAGUAGACAGUGUGGACCAUGACACAGAGGCUGAGUUUUAUCAUAAGAAAGAGGAGACUCUGGAUGAUGUGCUAACAUUGUCUACCAUAGCCACCUCAGCAACUUCCCACUUGAACACAGGCAUCAAGCAAAUGGACAUGUCCCUGCUCUGGCACAAGAAAGUUGUGUAUGUCUGGGCUGAUGGCACUGGAGAAGGAUUGCAUUGCAAGACCCAUGUCCUGGGUUCUGAAGUUGUAGAAGAAUUGCCUGGGUGGAAUUUGGAUGGCUCUGGCACUUUUCAGUCUGAGGACUCCAGCAGUGACAGAUACCCCCUCCUUGUGCCAUGUUUUGGGACCCCCUUCUGCAAAGUUGGUGAAGUUUUCAAGUAUAACCAGAAACUUUCAGAGACCAAUUUAAGCCUUACAUGCAAAUGGAUAACAGAAAUGGUGAGCAACCAGUAUCCUUGGUUUAGAAUGGGAAUAGGUGGGUACCGUUUUGGUUGGCCUUCCAAUGGCUUCCCUGGGCCCCCAAAUCCAUAUUACUGCGGGGUAGAUAAAGCCUAUAGCAGGGAUAUUGUGAAGGCUCAACUGGCCUGCUUAUAUGCCAGAGUCAAGAUUGCAGGGAUAAAUGCGGAGGUCAUGCCUGCCCAGUGGGACCCCAGAUAGGACCAAUUCUACACAAGACCAUGUGAAUGAAUCCACAUUGGAGGUCAUCUCUGGGUGGGCCAUUUCAUCUUACACUGUGUAUGUAAAAUUGGAAUGAUAACAACCUUUGAUCCUAAGCCCAUUCCUGGAGACUGGAAUGGUCCAGGCUGCCACUAAAACACCAAGGCUAUGUGAGAGGAGAAUGGUCUGGAGCACAUUAAGGAAGCCAUGCAGAAACUCAGCAAGCAGGACCACGUUAAUGCCUAUGAUCCCAAAGUGGUCCUGCUUGCUGAGUGAUCCUGGACAGUGCUCCACGAAAGCCCCAACAUCAAGGUCUUUACUAGUUUUGCCAACCAUAGAACUAGCAUCUGUUCUCCCCGGACAGCCAGCCAGGAGAAGACGGGGUACCUGGAGGACUGCUGCCCCUCUGCCCAUCGCAACCCCUUUGCAAUGUCGGAAGCCAUCAUUCUCAAUGAGACUGAAGAGGAGCCCUUCCGGUAA